AUGUCAACACCAUCAUCAUCAGCAGCUGCUGCAGUGGCGAUCCUCCCGGCAAAGACUCCGCUGCCGCUGCUGGACGACGGCCUGACGGUAGUGUCUUUCAACGUGUUGCUCCCGAAUGGCAACGAUGGCUGGUGGAUGUAUAAGAGCUACCAGCCGCAUGUUCCCGAGGAGCACAGGGUGUGGCCUUUCCGGAAGGCGCUCAUGCGGGAGUACCUCCUGAGCAAGGAUGCCGACAUCGUGUGCGUUCAGGAAGCAUCGGCCGAGACCUUCGAGACCGAUUUCGACUUCAUGAAAGACGCCGGAUAUAUGUGAGAUACCAUGUUCACAUGUACUCCAGGUAGUACAAGGCACGAACGGGGCAAUCCGUAUCGAUACAUGGCUGUACAGCAGUAUGAAGCUGCGGAGAUGCUCGGUGCUUGCGUGCGUGUUUAUCUCUGAGUUGUCUGCCAAAAGCGACGAAAAUGGACCCCGACAACCUGUUUCGCCGCUUGCUCACCCCACUUUCAUGGAUGAACUUUUGUACCUCUCUCGACUUAUGCCGCCGUGCCCUCACCUCGUUUGCAUCUCUCCGUUCCUCUCGAACGUUCGUGCACUUUCCUGUUU